AUGGUAACCAGACAGUUCUCCCUACGAGGCCACAAGGCACCAAUUGCAGGAUUUCUGGAUACUUCCUAUGGCCUUGUUUCUGCAGACAGAGACGGCUGGGUCGUCGUGUGGAGUCUCGUGACCAAAAGACCGCUAGGAUUCUGGAAAGCUCACGAUGGGCAAAUCAUCACCUUGAUCAAAACACCCCAUGGAUUGUUGACACAUGGCCGGGACUCGGCCAUCCGGUUCUGGAACACAGAAGGUCUCUCUGUGGAACCGGAUUUGGCAUAUAUGGGAAGGGAAGGUUUGCCAAAACCGAAAUACGAGGAGAUUCCAGUGAACGCCUUGAACUUCUGUAAUGUGGACUACGUUGACGGCCUAUUGGCCACGGCAUCAACGACAGACUCGGAGAAAUUUGAUAUUUACGAGCUAGCAGCACCAGGGAAACCAUGGGGUCUUUCCAGAGUCGUCCAAGGCUUCUCUGUGGGUACUGGUGCUGUGGAUGAGACUAAGCGAGACGGUCAAGGCAUUAUCAUGAAACUACGAUUCGUGGGGCGGUCCUUGCUCUUUGUGGGUUAUGAGCUGGGAACAGUGAAGGGUUUCAGAUUGACAGACGAGUCGAAAUUUACAGCUCUGGCGAAGGAACUGCUCGUUCUCAAUAAGGACUUGAAAGUGACUGAGGUCUUUUCAUAUAACGGCCACUCGCCACAGCCAGUGCUUUCAAUUGAGUAUGCUGACGAGAAGCUCUAUACGGGAUCGGCGUCCAAGAAGCUUAUUGUGGUGUCAAUCGGUGAGCUCUUGAAGGAGGGAUCAAGUGAACCUGCGAAAGUCAAAACUGAACCAUCAAGGAAGCCUUCUAGUGGUCUUGGGCUGCUACUAGGACGGCCAAAAAUUGAGGUUGUGGACGACUUUGAACCUGCCGAAUGCGAGAUCUCCACCUUCAACCUUCGACAUGCUGGAAUUCUGAAUAUCCAGAUCGGCGAGGAGAUCCACAUUAUCUUCUGGGAUGGCGUACUCAAAAGCUACACCAAAGACUUGAAGGAAAUCAGCCGAUCGGAAAGAGGAGUGGAACGAAUUAAGGUCGAAACAGAACAGACUGAAGUAGCCAAACCAACUACCAAAGCACUCUGUGCAUAUUUAUAUCAUCCACCUCAGGCUUCUCCUCAAAACGCAUCCCGAAAAGAGCUUCUUCGGCUUCGAAGAGCCAAACAAGAAGUGUUGUUGUUCGUGGGCUACGGCGACAACCUCAUAAGUGCAUUUACGAUAGACGAACUGUAA